AUGCCUCCCGCUAUCUCAGACGACGAAAUGUCCGAGCCUCUAUCUGCCGAUGACGAAGUCUUACCACCCAAGAAGCCCGCUGCAAACAAGUCCGCGAGAUCAAGUGCCAAGUCUGCAAAAGAAGAAAUCGUCCAAGACGAACAUGUCAAGAACGGCGACGUCGAAGCUGAGGACGACGACGAUGAAGAAGAGGACACCGACGAAUACGUCGUCGAGAAGAUCUUGAACCACGCCUUUGACAACGGCAAAGACUGUCUUUAUCAAGUCAAGUGGCUUGGCUACGAGCUCAAGGAGGACCUCACCUGGGAGCCUGAGGACAAUCUAUCCGGAGCUAUGGAUGUACUAAGAGCAUACUGGGACAAAAUAGGCGGCAAGCCUUCAGCGAAACCAAAGACGCCAGCAAAGAAGGGCACAAAGAGAAAGUCAAUGGCUCAGGACACGCCAGAAGUCGCUGCCACAUCUACCACAAAGAAGCGCGGAAGGAAAUCAACCAAGACAGUCGACGCCGACGUCGCCGAAGACAACAACAUGUCCUCUUUGCCCGAGGGUUCCUGGGAGGAGCACGUACAGUUGAUUGACGCCGUCGAGAAGCCUGACGAGGGCGAACAUAAGGGCGUCCUCAUGAUCUAUCUGCUCUGGGAGAAUGGCUCCAGAACACAGCACACUGCCGCGCAGUGUAGACAAAAAUGCCCUCAGAAGCUUCUCGACUAUUACGAGUCCAAGUUGUACGGCAAUUCCUCCAAACCCUCCAAUCGCCGAAGACGUUCCACUAACAAGGCCUAG